UCAAUAAUAAUACAUGGAGAAAUUUUUACAAUAGCUAUUAUUUUAAAAUCAAAAACUCGUGUAUGCAGUUUGUGUAUUUGCAUUCAACAGCUACUUUCAAUUUUAAAACAACAUUUGAUACUAAAAGAUAAGAAUCUUUUAGUAUCAAAUGUUGAUGAAAAUUUAUGAAGUAGUGUGGGUGUUUCUGCCAUGCGCAUUAAGUCUAAAUUGCUUCUUAAAAUUACCACUUGACUCUCAAACGGAACAACUUUGCGAAGGUUUUGAAGUAUGUCUUAUAACUGAGAACGUCGGCAUAGUUAAUGGUUUAACUUUUAAGUUUACUACUAAAGGAUGUGGGUACUUUGAGGAAUGUAGCAAUGGCACAGACAACAAACUUGAAUUCGAGAUACCUUUUCAAUCAAUUAAUAUAAAAGUUGUUUCAAGAAAUAAUCAAUGUUUCAACGGAGACUUGAGCAACCACGAAUCAAAAAAUAGGGGACAAUCGAAAAUCAUUUAUUUAGGAAUUUUCACAGCAGUUAAUGUUAUUAAAAAUAUUUUUUAAAUGUUAAA